GGGGCGCCCGGCUCUCCGGCCUCACUCGCUGCUGCCGGGAGCCGGGGAGGGCGUCCCCAGCGUCCGCACGACGCGGACCUCUGACCCUGGAGCCUCGCAGCCGCCGGGAGCUGUCCCCUUGGGUCGCACUGUGGGAAGAGGUCAGCAUGAGCCGGGGGCCCCGGCGGGCCGGCUCCGGGCGGGGGGCGGCCGCAGUGCAGCUGCUGGUCACGCUGAGCUUCCUCCCGCGCGUCGUCGAGGCCCAGGUAACCGGAGUCCUGGAUGAUUGCCUGUGCGAUAUCAAUAGCAUCGAUAACUUUAACACCUUCAAAAUCUUCCCCAAAAUAAAAAAAUUGCAAGAGCGAGACUACUUCCGUUAUUAUAAGGUCAAUCUGAAGCGACCAUGUCCUUUCUGGGCAGAAGAUGGCCAUUGUUCAAUAAAAGACUGCCAUGUGGAGCCCUGCCCAGAGAGCAAAAUUCCAGUCGGAAUUAAAGCUGGGAGUUCUAAUAAGUACUCAAAAGUGGCAAACGAUACCAAAGAAUUAGAAGACUGUGAGCAAGCUAAUAAACUGGGAGCAAUUAACAGCACGCUAAGUAAUCAAAGCAAAGAAGCGUUCAUUGACUGGGCGAGAUAUGAUGAUUCACAGGAUCACUUUUGUGAACUUGAUGAUGAGCGAUCUCCAGCUGCUCAGUAUGUAGACCUGUUGCUGAACCCAGAGCGUUACACCGGCUAUAAAGGGUCCUCUGCGUGGAGAGUGUGGAACAGCAUCUACGAGGAAAACUGUUUCAAGCCUCGAUCUGUUUAUCGUCCUUUAAAUCCUCUGGCACCUAGCCGAGGAGAAGAUGAUGGAGAAUCGUUCUACACAUGGCUGGAAGGUUUGUGCCUGGAGAAGAGAGUCUUCUAUAAGCUUAUAUCCGGACUUCAUGCUAGUAUCAAUUUACAUCUGUGUGCAAAUUAUCUUUUGGAAGAAACCUGGGGUAAACCUAGCUGGGGACCUAAUAUGAAGGAAUUUAAACGCCGCUUUGACCCUGUGGAAACUAAGGGAGAAGGUCCAAGAAGGCUUAAGAAUCUAUACUUCUUAUACUUAAUUGAGCUUCGUGCUUUAUCAAAGGUGGCCCCGUAUUUUGAGCGCUCAAUUGUUGAUCUUUACACUGGAAAUGUAGAAGAAGAUGCUGACACAAAAACGCUUCUACUGAAUAUCUUCCAAGAUACAAAGUCCUUUCCCAUGCACUUUGACGAGAAAUCCAUGUUUGCAGGUGACAAAAAGGGGGCCAAGUCAUUAAAGGAGGAAUUCCGCUUACAUUUCAAGAAUAUCUCCCGUAUAAUGGACUGUGUUGGAUGCGACAAAUGCAGAUUAUGGGGAAAGUUGCAGACUCAGGGUUUAGGAACUGCCCUGAAGAUACUAUUCUCUGAAAAAGAAAUCCAAAAGCUUCCAGAAAACAGCCCAUCUAAAGGCUUCCAACUCACUCGACAGGAAAUAGUUGCUCUUUUAAAUGCUUUCGGAAGGCUUUCUACAAGUAUAAGAGAGUUACAGAAUUUCAAAGUCUUACUGCAACACAGAAGGUAAUAAAGGCUUUUCUAUGUCUAAUUAGAGACAUAAUCUGACUGUGUGAAGCCUGUUGGUCUUGGACAUUCAGCAGAAGGAGACUAAUCUUCAAAGACUUGAAGAAGGAAUUCUGAACUCUUAAAGAGAAAAUUCAAAUGUUCACUUGAAUAUUUAUGAUUUUUAAUAGAUUGUCAAUUAGAGAUAUUUAUAAAUGAAAUAUAUACUUUUAAAACAUGUAAGUUAUACUAAUUCUAUGUUUAAUUUCAUGUUUCCAUCUGUUGAAUAUUCUGCUAUUCUGUUUGUUUAGAAUUGUUUUUUUCUUAUUCUGUUCUUUACUUCCAGUUUACGGACUUAAAUGACCAUCCUAAUAAACACUGUUAGCAGUCUGUUAUGGAAAAGGAGAGCUAGAGAACAAAUGUGGCUUCGGAUUAGGACCAGUGAUAAAAAUUUCUCAGUGACUUUUGUGUUCUUAGCCUUGCCUGAUGUCACCUUCUGUAAGCCAGAAGUGUCAGUGUGGUGAACAGUCCUUUCAGUGUGUGGUUAUGGAGGGACUGAAGAAUCCCUAGGACUUCAGUUUCAUUGGUUUUCAGUUAAGAUUUUUAGUUGCUGCUCUUGUUGCUGUUUUGUUUUGGUCUAAAGGCCCUGCUUCAGUAAAGGCGAAUGUAUACUAUCCCUUCCCUUAGCUGCCCAGCCAGACAGCCCAUGUGUGUUGUGGGCUGCUCCAGAGGGUUCUUUACUUAGAACCCAUGCUAUGUAUCCAUUUCUUUUGAUUUUGCAUUUCUUUGUCCUGUCUCCAAUUUUAGAAAAUUUUUGUCUAGUUUGAGAAAAAAAAUUUGCAUAAAUAUUUAAGUUUCACUUUGAUAAAAUUUGAAUGAAUAUAUGGACUUAUAAUGCCACUUUAAAACAGUAUACAUAAAAUUUACCCUUUUAAGUGUUUUUUUUAAGGAUUUUAUUUUAGAAUACAAUCUAUGCAAUCCUCUCUCAACCUGAAUUUCUUUGGCAGUUAUUUAAACAGGUAGAUGAGUUCGAGGCUCGUGAAGCUUCCCCUCUCCCUACCUUUCUUUUCAUUUUGGUUCAUCCUAUAUAAAUGGGACUUUGUGUGACUUGUACCAACAGAUGACCUUCAUGUCCUAAGCUCAUUUUCUAAAGCUGCGAUUUAAAUAUCCUCCAAUAUUUAAAAUAUUCUUUUAAAAGCUGUUUAGAGAUAGAAUGUGAUUAACUUGGAAGGAGGCAUCUGUGGAAAAGUAACGCGGGUACCAAACCUAGUUUCUCCUUUGACUCUUCAGUCUUUUAUGAAGUAAGUGCUCUUAAACCCACACCUUACCUGCCAGAGUCUGAAGCGUGUUCCGCCAUGACUUAGUCGUGUAUUUUAAACUGUCUUUAGUCGGCUCACCCCUCUUUUAAAAAUAUCUGGUCAUCCCUUGGAGGGAUAUGGUUGAAAGGUGUAAAGUCUCAUUAAUUAUUUUCUUGCCCAGUUUCAACCUUUAUAGACCCAGGGUUUUUUGUUGUUGUUGAUGGUGGUGACUUUUUGUUUGUUUGUUAAGUUGAAUAAAACAGGCUUGAUUGGAGCCUUCUCCAUUUCUUCAUUUUUAAGGAUGUAAGUAUUGUGUGUAGGAGAGGGGAACCUUAAGGUAAACUUGUCUAAAAAGUGAAUAAGUAAUCUUGCUGGUAAAUUAAAAAGAAUUCUUCUUAGUGUUCAUUCAGAGUUUAAGAAAAUGUGAAAGCUUUGCACUUUGUCUAUUACUGUAAGUUUAAAAAUCUUUUUGGUAGUGUUACUUCACUGUUCCCUCAGUUAAAAGCUAUUAUUUAAAUUCUGUUAACCAGAGAAAAUCCUUGGUCAUUUCCAGUGAUUGUUGGGUUUUAUUUUGUUUGUUUGUUUUGUUUUUUUCUUCACUGUGAUUUGUUUCAAGCUUAGGAAAAUAUUGUAUAUUAGAAUGAGUUCUAGGAAACUAAAAGGUUAAUAUUAAAAGUUCUUCUCAAGUGUUUAAUGAAUUUUUGCACCACCGAGAAAAUAAACGAAUGAAGUAUUCUUCAGCUGAAAUUUGAUUAACUUGAUUUUACCACAAAUUGGAUUGUGGGGGGGAAGCCUCCAUUUUUGUGUCUGUGUGUAUUUCUUAAAUGAUUGUAUAGGUGUAGGACUGUUUUGUAGCCUGGUGGUACUGUAUGAUCUUUGUGAUAUAACCUGUUUUUCUAUGUCCCAGACCCUUUGUCAUGCAGAGACACUAGAGGACUGACUGCCUUUUACAAACGCUUGGCUGGUAAUUCCUCUUUGUCUUUAUCUCAUCACCUAAUUUCAAAGUCCAGCACUUGAUAAUAUAACUGACAGAAAUGAUUGUACCAGCUGACAGAGUCAUGAAAAUGAAGGAAAAGACUUCCUUCCUUCAAUGGCAUGAGGUUUUUUUUUUUUUCUUAAGUGGCAUCUAUGUAAGUUAGAAAUACUAUAUAUUAAAAUUGGUGAAAUUUGAA